ACUCUUGGACAACUUUACAGUCUGCUGCUUUCUAAGACUUCCCCGUUUGAAAGCUCCAGCCAGCCUGUCCAUGAUCCAUCCUUGCAAUUUCUUCCUUAAUCAUUUUUGGUCAUCCCACUAGCUCAAGAAUAUAGUUACUUUGCUUAUUAAUAUUUUGUGUGUGUAUGUGAAAUUGUAGAUUUACAUUUUCUUGUUUGACUCAAUCUCAGAUUUACAAGGGUAGAUUUUUUAUGAGCUUAUAAGCUAUGAUAGCAUACUUAAGAAUGAGAAACUAGAAGAAAGGUAAUAUUGAACAAUACCUACAUACAUUUUUGACCCUUUACAACUAAGAUUAUUUGUGAAGAUUAUAAGGUAUGAAAGUGGGAAAGAUGGUCUCCCUUUGUAUUGAUGGGAGAUUGAGGUUCAGGGGUGGAAACAUGCCCAACGCCAUCUAUUUUGAUUUGGGCAGAGCUAAGAUUCAGACCCCAAUACGCAUACCUGGAGAGGCCUUUCCAACAUAUUAUAUGGUCGGGGGCAGGAUUGGUGUGAGGUGAAUAAAGAUGAGGGGCUUUUCAAAAGUCCACUUAAAAAGCCAAUGAUAUGAGGUUUAGGUGUUGUGAGUUUGGUAACAUACAUGACUGGCUGUGGCCUAAGCCCAAAAUGUCACAUCUGCUUCAUCAGAAUUGCAGGACAGUCACAAGCAUGGAUUACAGGGUUUUUGUGCACACUCUAGAUAAUACAGAUUUCAAAUUCUGGCAUAAGACUAGGAUGUAGAAAAUUUAUAGAGGAGAUACUAAAGCCCUAUCAAUGUACCAACUUAUUUUAUUCUCUGGGUUUUAUAUACUGAGAACAGUUACCAACCAUAAUGAGUCAAGUCUCUCCCAAGGUUGUCACUGGUUGGCCUCCCUUGCACUGAUGGGACUUCAAAGGCAGGGCAAGAACAGCUGACUACCUGGAUUUGAUCUUGGAUCUGGGAAAGAAGAAUGCUAUGAAAACUAUGGGCACUCUGGAAGUUAAAAAUAAUGUACUCUAGAGAGUUUAAGAUCUUUGGAUAAACUAGUUGCUAGAGCAGAGAAUGAUCAUGAAAAGCACUGACCAGUAAUGGGAACUGCUGGGAAAUGGGUUAAGGUAUUUUGGACUACCGAGUUUCCACCAACUCGGUAUUCACUUUGUGCCCUGGUCUGUCUUUCCCCUGUGAUGUGUAUAGACAUACUCCCUGUAUGAGCUCAUCCUGUCCCUGAUUUCCAAUUUUCUCUAGCUCUAUGCUUGCUUUGCAUCACCUGGCACAGUUUCUCACCAUCUUCGUUGAUUACAUCAGCUUACUUAUGUUUCAAAUCCAACAUGCUCAAACCCAGCUCUGCACUUUAGAAAGCAUUAAAAAAAAAAAAAAAAAAACCUUCAGCAGCUUUAUUUUUACUCAGAUGAGGGUUUGGUCAUGUUUCCUUAACCAAAGUGGAAGGUGAUAAGGAACUGGAAGGUGAAUGGGAAUGAUUCUGUAAUAAAUGUUACAAUUUUUAAAAGACUAGUAUUUUGUGCUUUUAGUUUAGGCUUUUUUCUUGCAGGAAUUAGGGAAGAGUACUUACCUAGCAGUCCCAAGCUGUAGGUCUUAGAGUUUGUGUGCUCUUGUCAGGAUCAUUGAAAAAGAACAACGUUGAACCAUGUCAGCUCUUCAAAUGUCGGUGUUAUGAACUUUUUUACUUAAAAAAGGGCAAACGGCAAUGUAUGGUUUAGACUUAAUAUGGACAUGCCAUCUAUUGAAUGAGCUGCUGCACUGGGACACCGGGGGGAAGAUAAUCGCCAGAUUUCUUAAGGGGAGGAGGGUGCAGCGGCCCCGACUCCUCCUCAGCUACCCAACACGCGAGGCCCCGCCCGCCGCUCGGACCUUCGGUUAAGUUCUGGCCAUGCCCUCGCUUGCAGCUGCCGUAAAGUGCGACGUCGUGGCCACGCCCUUCCGGCGCUUCUUGUGACGCAGCUGCUCCGGGUUGUUUUUUUGCGCGGGAAAAGGAGGCAGUCUGAACCUCUACCCAGUGUCGCAGAGGUCGGCGGUUCUAGCGGAGGUUGCGGCGCCCUCCCUGGCUGCCGGCUAUGGGGUUGCUGGAGCUGUGCGAGGAAGUGUUUGGCACCGCCGACCUGUACCGAGUGUUGGGCGUGCGGCGAGAGGCCUCGGACGGCGAGGUCCGACGGGGCUACCACAAAGUGUCCCUGCGGGUGCACCCGGACCGGGUCAGCGAGGACGACAAAGAGGACGCCACCCGCCGCUUCCAGAUCCUCGGGAAAGUCUAUUCUGUUUUGAGCGACAAAGAGCAGAGAGCGCUGUACGAUGAGCAGGGAACAGUGGACGAAGAUUCUGAUGUGCUUAACCAAGAUCGGGACUGGGAGGCCUAUUGGAGGUUACUUUUUAAAAAGAUAUCUCUAGAAGACAUUCAGGCUUUUGAAAAGACCUACAAAGGCUCUGAAGAAGAGCUGGCAGAUAUUAAACAGGCCUAUUUGGAUUUCAAGGGCGACAUGGAUCAGAUCAUGGAGUCUGUGCUGUGCGUGCAGUACACAGAAGAACCCAGGAUAAGGAAUAUUAUUCAGGAAGCCAUUGAUGCUGGCGAGAUCCCCUCCUAUAAUGCCUUUGUCAAAGAAUCAAAACAAAAGAUGAAUGCAAGGAAAAGGAGGGCUCAGGAAGAGGCUAAAGAAGCAGAAAUAAGCAGGAAGGAGUUGGGCCUUGAUGAAGGAGUAGAUAACUUGAAAGCAAUCAUUCAGAGCAGACAAAAGGAUCGGCAAAAGGAAAUGGACAGUUUUCUGGCUCAGAUGGAAGCAAAGUACUGCAAACCCAAACGAGGAGGGAAAAAAACGCCUCUCAAGAAAGAAAAGAAAUAAUGGAAUUUUCUCAUCAAAAGCCCUUAGGUAUUCAUUGGUGCCAUUGUAGGCAAGGUACAGUCAAGAUUUGAAGACAAAAGUCAGCCCUGCCCUUGAGAAAAGUUGUCUUUCCAGCCUAAAUUAUUGAGGUCAACUCUGUAGACAAAGCAGAAUCUCAGCCUGAUUUUGGUAAUCCUAGAAAUCCUGAUACUUUUUGAGGUCCUGUAUGAAGGAAUUUGGUGGUGAUUUUUGAGGGAGUGGGGGAGAGUAGUGUACUUCCUGGCAGCACUUGUCUCUGUUGGAUCUUCUGUACAAGGAACUCUUGUCUAGAAUGUGGGUUUGUCCCGUACUGCCUUUAGCAGUUGUCAUUUUGCAGGAGUGUGCAUACAGCUGCAGAGCAUUGAGUAGUGUGUGUGUGUUAAUUAGAACAGUAACUCUAGCUAGAACGCUUUCAAAACACUUGCUAGAUAUGUCUAUCAGAUGUUUGCCAUUUUGCUUUCAGGGUUAAUAUCCUUGAAUAGAUCCUCUCCUUUUUGUUUUAUGAAGCCAGGUUUUAUACUCUUCACUUGAAGUAUAGGAGAAACAGAUGUUAAGAUUACUUCAUGUGUCUUUGUAAGACUUAUACAUGAUGAAAUAAACAAGUUAAAAAUGA